AUGACCGACGGCGGCGACCGCGACGACGCGCGAGGGACGCCGCGCGACGGUCGCGGCGCGACGAUCCCCGAGGGCGACGAUUCCGCGGGGCGCUCGCCCGAGGGCGACGACGACAUGUCUUUACACGCGGAGGGCGCGACCGCCGCGGAUCAGCUCGCGCGCGCGGAGCUGAAGAAGCGGACGCUCGAAAUGUGGCUCGCGCUGAAGGACACGAGGGUGAAGCUCGAUCUCUACGGCGGGUGCGCAUUCGCGCGCGUUCUUCCCGUCCGUCCGCGCGACGCGUCGCGCGCCCUUCGUCCCCGCCCCCCCGCGAUUCUUUCUUCCGAACCACAGUGCACAGCUGAAAAAGCGACGCGUCACCGAACGAAUCGAUUUUUACUCAUCCCUCGUCGUCGUCCUCCUCCCACUCCUCGUCGCAGCGUGGAAGUAUCCGGGGUGUUCCAGGCCGUGGACGCCACGAGCGAGACGUUACUCGUGAGCGAGCUCGACAGCGGCGUCGGCGUCGUCCCGGUCGCGCGCGUGCGAUGGUCCGACGUCCUGUCGGUGACGACUUUGCCGCGACUGGAGCGCGAGAGCGAGAGCGCGCGAUGGGGUCGGGAACACUCGCGCGGGGGUUGA